AUCCACAGAGAGAAGGAGACAUUCUACCCUGUCCAGCCCUGCACAGAUCCCACACUACAGGUGAAGACCACCAUCCCAGAAUGCACAGGUAAGAACGAGUCAAAAUAUGAUGCCGUACUGUAGAUGAGGAUAACAGAACUUACAUACAUAUCUGUUAGUCAAAGGAACUCUGUGUCUUCCAGGCAGCUUGUCAGGAGAAUUUGUAUUGACCAUUUCCAGGCAUGGCAUUGCCAGUGUUGAGUUUAUUUCUGUCAGGUAGUCACUAAGAUAGAAAGGAGCAGAAAUGAAGAUUAGGAGGGUUGUCAGAGUUCCGGCGGUCCUUGCUUGGAUCAUGGAAGAGCACUUGCCAGAAUGUAAUUUGAUUUCUGGAGGAUCUCAGUUGGAAAGGCCAGGUUGUAACUUGAUUUCAGAGGAUUAAGAUGUACUGUAGAGGAGAGAGCAGCGCUUUGUAGGAGGAGAGAGAGAGGCUUAGGGCAUUUUCACACACAGUUCUGAGCUAUAGUUCGAAUCAGUUUGAUUAUUUGUUACGUUGUAUUUUUUUCAUUUGGUCCAGUUGUGUUCACAUUGCCAAAUGUCAAAUGAACUAAAAUGCUUAAACAAAAACACGUUCAUGCAAGUCAUUUGCUCAUUUCGUUGUAGCCUAUGCUGCCCAAUGAGGCCUAUGGAAUCGCAAUGGCCAUUUUGCGCGCUCAUAUCUCAAAGCCAUAUCAAGUAUCUCCGUUGUAGAAUAGUUUCUAUUGAGCUCAACAUUUAGUUGAGGAAUAAAAAUGAUACCUACAGAAAGCUAAGAACUAUGAUAGCAGUGGUUUCCUCGCAAUUGGAUAAAACAAAUGUUAUACAAUCAGAACACUUUAUUGUUUUGUUAUCCUGGAGGGAAAAAAAUCCUGGGAAAUGAGAGAGAGUUGUUUGCUCCACACUGCAGCAGGCCCCAGUGAAACAGGUACAUAGGCAGGCAGACAUUUUCUUUACAGGAAACAUGAGGAUAAAGUUUCAACUUUUUGACCAAAUCAUGGUUUUAGCCUCCUAAAAAAAUAAGACUUUUUGAGUAAGUUGACCAUGUAGAUAGAAUAUGCAGCUCACACGAAUGUCACCAAUUAAGAUUUUAACUUGCACAGUCAAGUCAAAGGGUCGCAAAAUGCAACUAAAUAGUCGCAGUCUGGAGCCCUGAAAUGGUAAGGUCAUUGAUGCAGAUAUGAUGGGUAUGGCAUGGCACUGCUUUCUUUUAAUCGUAUCCCUACUGUACCAUGUGUCCCUUCGAUAUCAAUGCACCCCAUUUGGUUGGCAGGCCAGGCAUGCAGCACAUUGUGCAGCUUAGGAACAAGGCUACCCUACCUCUACUACCUUUGAUGUUUGAAGAAGAUAGCUUAUGUAGCUCAUAUUUCAUAUGAUUUAGACUACUGUUCACAUCUGUGCAGAGAUCAGUUGUCAUCAUAGCUUAAAAAGAUCUCUGCAUCUCUGUAUCUUGUGUUUCUAAUAUGCUCUUCCCUUCGCUUAAGGCAACUUUCACUUCCACUGUUCCACUGGUUGCUGGGCCAAACAAUGACAAAACAACAACCCACUCAUACAGUAUACUCAUAUAGAAUAACAUCCUUCCUGACAAAAAAAAAUAGCUAAUCUUUUUUAUUAACUGACGUCAACAUCCUGCCCAAAAGGAUUGCAACUAGCGAUGCAAUGAUGUUUUGCAGCACAUUUUUCUUACUAAUCAUUUGACUGUGUUGUGAUCAAAGUGGUGUAUCUGGCACAAUUCUAUUAGAAAAUGUAUGUUGUGACCUUGCGUUUUGAUAUUGAAAAAUCGGAUUGUAUUUUAAAGCCUGUUGAUAUGUACUGCAUUGCCAUGGCAAAUAUCUGACACUAAUCUUAAUACCAAUUUUCUCUUUCCCAGAAUUCCAAGUAUCCCCAUGCUCUGAGAGUGUUGGAGGCUCUGUGUCGACCACUGGUGCCCUGCAGGACUCAGUCAGUGAUGUGGACAGUCUGGGAGAGGACAGUAUCUUCAGAAAGGUGAGAUCAGCACACUGAACCGAGACACUCCCUUUAUAGUUACAACACCGUCGAAGAAGAAGAUUAAGCCUGUGUCUUGAGUGGCUAUGACAUGAUAGCAUACGAGUAUAUUAUAAGUCAGUUCUCCUAUAAAACCAACAACAUGGUCUAUCACUUUAUGUUGUAUGUUUCUGGUGAUAUAGUUCCAUAUAAUUCCCAGCACCUCUGUUCGUUAGUGUAUGUUUUGGCCUCUGGCCCCCACCUCCAGACCACAGCAGACUGGUCAGCUUCCCUGUUCCAUGUGACAUCAGCAGGCUCCCAUGAGCACUCUUUCCCGGGCCAGCAAACUCAUUAUGACCUCAUCCCCCUCGCUCGCUCUUUACCGCCCUUCCUCCCCUGCCCUGCCCCCCAACCUUUUUUCAACAUUUACACACACUUGGAGGGUGGCUGAGGCAUAAUGGCACUCCAAUGCCAUUUCACACUACAGCCUUGGCUUCAAAGGCUUUGGUUUCUCUGCCCUCGUGAGGUCCUCUCUUCUCCAGGCAUCUCCUUACUGUAACUUCAGCUCACUCUCUAGGUUACAUUUUUUCAUUUCAUUUGGCUGUGUUUUUAUAUGUUUAUGUAAAAAAAAAAAAAAAGUAAGUUCAUCAAUAGUCAAAUGUAAGAAACAUCAACAUAUGUUUUCUUCUAGAGUAACUACAUACAAUACAGUGCCUUCAGAAAGUAUCAAUUCCCCUUGACUUAUUCCACAUUUUGUUGUUACAGCCUGAAUUCAAAAUGGAUUAAAAAAUGCAAAAUCUCACCCAUCUGCACACAAUACCCCAUAAUGGAAACAUGUUUUUAGAAAUGUCUGCUAAUUUAUUGAAAUAUCUAAUUUACGUAAAUAUUCAUACCCCUGAGUCGAUACAUGUUAGAAUCAACUUUGGCAGCGAUUACAGCUGUAAGUCUUUCAGGGUAUGUCCCGUGUAUCUCAGUUGGUAGAGCAUGGCACUUGCCAUGCCAGGGUUGUGGGUUCGUUUACCACGGGGGGGGGCAGUAUGAAAAUGUAUGCACUCACUAACUGUAAGUCGCUCUGGAUAAGAGCGUCUGCUAAAUGACUAAAAUGUAAAAUGUCUUUAAGAGCUUUGCACACCUGGAUUGUACAAGUAUACUUUUUGGGGGGAUUUUGCCUUAUGCUAAGCUGAUAUUGAAUUGUUUUAAGAUGGUCAUACUAUGGAUAAUUUAGCUAUUUGAUUUAGAAUUUUAGGACACCUUUAGGUAUACAUUUUUUUGGGGGGGAUACAGUGGGGGAAAAAAGUAUUUAGUCAGCCACCAAUUGUGCAAGUUCUCCCACUUAAAAAGAUGAGAGAGGCCUGUAAUUUUCAUCAUAGGUACACGUCAACUAUGACAGACAAAAUGAGAAUUUUCUUUCCAGAAAAUCACAUUGUAGGAUUUUUAAUUAAUUUAUUUGCAAAUUAUGGUGGAAAAUAAGUAUUUGGUCAAUAACAAAAGUUUCUCAAUACUUUGUUAUAUACCCUUUGUUGGCAAUGACACAGGUUAAACGUUUUCUGUAAGUCUUCACAAGGUUUUCACACACUGUUGCUGGUAUUUUGGCCCAUUCCUCCAUGCAGAUCUCCUCUAGAGCAGUGAUGUUUUGGGGCUGUCGCUGGGCAACACGGACUUUCAACUCCCUCCAAAGAUUUUCUAUGGGGUUGAGAUCUGGCUAGGCCACUCCAGGACCUUGAAAUGCUUCUUACGAAGCCACUCCUUCGUUGCCCGGGCGGUGUGUUUGGGAUCAUUGUCAUGCUGAAAGACCCAGCCACGUUUCAUCUUCAAUGCCCUUGCUGAUGGAAGGAGGUUUUCCCUCAAAAUCUCACGAUACAUGGCCCCAUUCAUUCUUUCCUUUACACGGAUCAGUCGUCCUGGUCCAUUUGCAGAAAAACAGCCCCAAAGCAUGAUGUUUCCACCCCCAUGCUUCACAGUAGGUAUGGUGUUCUUUGGAUGCAACUCAGCAUUCUUUGUCCUCCAAACACGACGAGUUGAGUUUUUACCAAAAAGUUAUAUUUUGGUUUCAUCUGACCAUAUGACAUUCUCCCAAUCCUCUUCUGGAUCAUCCAAAUGCACUCUAGCAAACUUCAGACGGGCCUGGACAUGUACUGGCUUAAGCAGGGGGACACGUCUUGGACUGCAGGAUUUGAGUCCCUGGCGGCGUAGUGUGUUACUGAUGGUAGGCUUUGUUACUUUGGUCCCAGCUCUCUGCAGGUCAUUCACUACGUCCCCCCGUGUGGUUCUGGGAUUUUUGCUCACCGUUCUUGUGAUCAUUUUGACCCCACGGGGUGAGAUCUUGCGUGGAGCCCCAGAUCGAUGGAGAUUAUCAGUGGUCUUGUAUGUCUUCCAUUUCCUAAUAAUUGCUCCCACAGUUGAUUUCUUCAAACCAAGCUGCUUACCUAUUGCAGAUUCAGUCUUCCCAGCCUGGUGCAGGUCUACAAUUUUGUUUCUGGUGUCCUUUGACAGCUCUUUGGUCUUGGCCAUAGUGGAGUUUGGAGUGUGACUGUUUGAGGUUGUGGACAGGUGUCUUUUAUACUGAUAACAAGUUCAAACAGGUGCCAUUAAUACAGGUAACGAGUGGAGGACAGAGGAGCCUCUUAAAGAAGAAGUUACAGGUCUGUGAGAGCCAGAAAUAUUGCUUGUUUGUAGGUGACCAAAUACUUAUUUUCCACCAUAAUUUGCAAAUAAAUUCAUAAAAAAUCCUACAAUGUGAUUUUCUGGAAAUCUUUUUCUCAAUUUGUCUGUCAUAGUUGACGUGUACCUAUGAUGAAAAUUACAGGCCUCUCUCAUCUUUUUAAGUGGGAGAACUUGCACAAUUGGUGGCUGACUAAAUACUUUUUUUCCCCCACUGUAUAAUAUUGAUUUUGGCCUUUACUACUAAAGCCCAUAGAAACACAUUGAAUAACACAUCCAUAAAUGGCUAAAAGGACAAAGAAUAAAUAAUAAGUGUCUGUCCUAAAUCUAGGAGAUAUAAAAACAACUCAGGAAAUAUAGAUAUAUAAUAUAGAUUCGUUUUUUUACAUAUACACUACCGGUUUAUUGAAAUGCAUUCCAGGUGACUACCUCAUGAAGCUGGUUGAGAGAAUGCCAAGAGUGUACAAAGCUGUCAUCUAGGCAAAGGGUGGCUAUUUGUAGAAUCUCAAAUAUAAAAUAUAUUUUGAUUUGUUUAACACUUUUUGGUUACUACAUGAUUCCAUAUGUGUUAUGUCAUAGUUUUGACUUCUUCACUAUUCUACAAUGUAGAAAAUAGUAAAAAUUAAGAAAAACCCUUGAAUGAGUAGAUGUUCUAAAACUUUUGACUGGUAGUAUAUUUAUCCCCUUUUUUUGGGUAGUCACAAAACUACCUUCAUGCUUCCAUCAGUUUUUUAAAACUGGUACCGGUUACCUUCAGUCAAGUCCUGUGACAGUUGUAGGGGUCAUAGAGCGGAGAACACCAUCGUGUUAAUGAGAAUCUCCCCUUUCCACAAUGGGGUCCCAUUAGUUUGUAGCCCAAACAGUUCGGACGCUACCAAACAGAAGUUGGCACAUCGACGGUACUGACUUCAGACGAGUCUUCUGACACUUGUGGGGGUUGUAGAGAAAAAAAUGGUGUAGGUCAAACCGUUCGAACGCUACAGACGUUUUCGUGAGAAUACCUAUUUUCGGGUUGUCUCAUGGUCUGACAAACACCGCUCUAGCUCUGCCACCUUUCACUGCAGAUGCAGAAGUGUGACACUGGCGGAUGCAGUGUAUUGAGACACAUCCAAUAAUAAAACGUAAACGGACAGAUUUUGAUGGGGAUGUUUUUGCUAUGUAAUUUAGAUUGACGCACCGCACCGGUGCAUCAAUCCACUCUAAGGGGUUAAACACUAUUAUUGCACACAGAGUGAGUUCAUGCAACUUAUUAUGUGACAUGUUAGGCAAAGUUUUACUACUGAACUUAUUUAGGCUUACGAUAACAAAGGGGUUGAAUACUUAUUGACUCAAGACAUAAAUUUAAAAAAGUAAUAAUAAUUAGCAUUUCCAAAAAAAAUAUUCCACUUUAACAUUAUGGGGUAUUGUGUGUAGGCCAGUGACAGAAAAAUCUAAAUUUAAUCCAUUUUAAAUUCAGGCUGUAACACAACAAAAUGUGAAGAGGUCAAGGGGUGUGAACUUUCUGAAGGCACUCUAACUCCCCUCUAACUACUCCCAGACCAGUCUCUGCCUCUCCGCCUCUGGUGUUGAGGUCUGUCAUUAUGCAAUAGAUUUUGAAUGUUCGAGUGAACUCAGCACUUUGGACAGACACAGCCAGUCAAUGACCAAAAAAGGACCUGUUACAUUAAACUUUCAUUACUCAAAGGCCCUUUAAAACGAUCCUCCAAAUCAAUUUAUUUUAGCUAUGUUUUGAACUGUGUCUUUGUGUGUGUGCGUGACUGCAUGUGAGUCCUGUAGUCAAGGUUAUUUUAGUGGUUAUUAAAUGUGAUUUAAUGUUAGUUUUUAGAUUUUAUUUGAAAUACAUUUUAGUUUGUUUAGUUUUCAGACUUGAUUUACUAGUUAUUAUUUUAUAAAAACAUUUAUAUUUCUGUUUUAGUGUUAGGGACAGAAAGUAGCCUAUGCGUGGGAGGCUAUGAGCCAUUUAUGUGUUGUAGGCCUACAGUUUUUUUGGGGGGGAUGUCACUUCUUGCCACUGAGGGACCAUAGACUUGGAUAAACAUAACAUCUCUGUAUCUCUGUCAUGAUGGCAUCUGUGAGCGCCUGGGCAUUGCCAUUGACACCAUCUUCAUCUUGAAAUAGUAAAUGUUCUUCUUCACAAGUAAAAUUCAUUGGCUGAUCCCUCCUGCCACAACUCCAACCGGGUCAUCAGGUCAUUCCAACUGGGUCAUCAAGAGGGAUCAGCCAACAAAGUUGACUAAAUCAAAAUGGCGAAAGUCCUCAAUGGCGCUGCCCAUGCUAACACAGGCUUUUGGCCACUGGAGGACUCCAUACAACUCCAUGGCCAGGACAUAGGUUUGGUUUAAAUUAUAAAUCAAUCCUAAUGUGACUGAUGUAAAGGAUAAGCGCCUAGACUGGUGCAAGAAAUAUGAUGGAUGGAAACUCUCUUGCCCAUGUUUACACAAAUCCAAUGCUUUUUUAACUUUAGUAGUAGAAUAAUAAUCAAGUACCUUUACCUUUAUCUGACAGAAAGAGAUGGGAAAAAACAACAAAUGAAGUCAUGGCACAUUUGACAUGUUAUGUUUAUGUAAUAUUAAGCGUAUCACUGACUAACCCCUUCAAAUAGAGUUAAUAAUAACAGCUGCAACAACAGCAAAAACAUAAGCAAUACAACACUUCUUCACAAAUCUAUUAGUUCACAGCCAGCCUGUGUGUGUGUUUCUCUGUUCAAACAAGCAAGAUUUUCUGGUUUGUCUUCAAGAAGAUUCUGAUUUCCAGAAAGAUGGUUGUUUGGUUUAUCAAGCCUGAUGACAGUUGUCCACAAACAGAGAAUACUCUCUCCACGAACACUGCAGGGGUAGAAACAAGAUCCAGUGCCACAGAGCACAGCUUUGAUAAACAGCCAUCCUUGCCUGCCAGACCUGGAGAGGUGACUCUGUCAACAUGCCCCCCUUUACCUCUUCCAGGUAUUUCAGCAGAUCGCACUUAAUGCCCUGCCAGGUUGACCCUCCAGCUGGACAGUGACCUCAGACACAAUCUUCAAUGCAAGGAAGCUAUAUUUCUGAAGCACUGUGGUUGAGAUGCUUGCUGGAUUCAUCGUGCUGGCAUCUUCCUGGGGUCCUGCUGCUCCACGGCUGUACUUUCUGUUUUGCUAAAGUACAAAAUACUUUGCGUCCCUCAACAGUGGCUCCAUCUCUGUUGAGCGAAGUGCCAGAGACACACUUGGGUCCAUGAGGCAAGUUAAUGCAGGGGUUGGAUCGAAGUUCACUGCCAGGGGAUUCAGUAUGCAUGCGCUCACGCAGUGACUUCAGGAGUACCUGUGCCAACUGUUUGCAACAGUAGUUGACUGCAAGUGUGCCUCAAGGUUGACAAGGCAAGUCACCACAUCAGACAGCGACUGGCUGUCAGUUUGAAGUUAGUUGGGUUGAAUUGCGAACGGCUCCAGCAACUUCACAAGAUGUUCUAGCUUGGCCCAGUUACGCUCCGUGCUCGCCCUCAGAUUUCUUCUCUGUUAGCUAGUGAUAGCUAGUGAUAGUGAUGCACAAGCUAAGCCUAUUUGAAACAUCAGCAUCUACUGGCAGCAUUUACACACCAGAUUCAGAAGCUCAAAAAUCCCAUUUAAAAAAAAGCUGGAAAACCCCUUUAGAUUUUUGCCCAAAGUGUAGAAGAAAAAAACUCAACAUAAUUUAUGAUGGUUUUUAUUUUAUUGUAGUUAGUUUUGCAGUCAAAUAGAAUAGUUUCAGUAUAGUUUUCUUUUUUCAAGUUUACCAAAUCGUUUUUCAAAUUUUAGUUUUUAUUUUAUUUUCAGUCUUCGUUUACUAUAAUAACCUUGCCUGUAGGUGUGUGUUUGUGUAGACAGCGUUAGCUGGUUGACUGCUGCUCUGCUGCAUGAGCUCAGGAAGGGUGAGUCAUUUGUUCUGGAAGCUGAUAUUCCAUGGCCUGGUCCUCAUAAAGGGGCCUGCAUGAUUAUGCUCUGAGCCACUGUGGCAGUCCGUUAGCUCACCACCCGCCCGCACGCCCAGUGCUGGCACUACUGGAUAAUGUAAAAACUAAUGACACAGUCCCAAUGGAAAUCAUCUGCAGCCUGCCUGCCUGCUGGCCUCCCUAAAGGGUGUGUGUGUGUUUCUGUUGUUCUGUAACCUUUAUAGGGCUGGAAAGAACUCUCUCUCCCAGCAGCAUGUCUCUCUCUCACUGCCUUGCCCUUUCUCCUCGCCACACUGAAGGCUACAGUAAGCUCAGACUAAAGGCAGCUCAGACCGGUCAUCAUCAGGCCUAACCUCACUGGCCUGGCAUGUGUGAAGUAAAAGCCUGGGCCCUGGGAGGCAUACGAGACAGGACAUUAAGUCAAAACGGACUACUUUGACAAUAGCUACAGAUUUAUUUAGCUUUCACCCCUUUAGCAUAAUUUAUGUUUUUAGCUUUGUUUUUGGUGUAAAACGUAAUGCUCCUUACCCAAAUGUGUUAGCUGAAAUGUGUAAUUCCAAAUCCUACCACAAUGCCAUUCAGUUUACUUUGACUCCAGUGGGUAACAGGCUCUUUCUGUAUCCUCUCUGUCCCCAGGGAGAGGAGGCUGUGACUGGGCCAAGGGAUAGCACCAGCGGUGUGUCGGUGUCCUUCUCCUCCAUAGACGACGUGACCAGUGUGGGUCCCCUCAGCGCCAGCUCCCAGUGCAGUGUGGGUCCUCUCAGCGCCAGCUCCCAGUGCAGUGUGGGUCCUCUCAGUGUCUCCUCCCAGGGCAGAGUGGGCUCUCCUUGGGCUGGGGCGGGGGCAGGGGUGUUGAGCACUAGGGCCAGUUGGAGUGCUGGAGACGCCUGGCAGAUGACAGUUGGGGGGGUAGAGGAGGAGGAGAGGAAAGACAAGCUGACAGAGGGGCCUGUAGGCUCCGCCAUCCUACGCUCCUCUAUCCGCUCGCUCUCUCCGUUCCGCCGGCACAGCUGGGGCCCGGGGAAGAAUCCUGCAGGAGAGACAGACAUGAACCAACGCAGGUGAGUCCUCUUAACCCCACACACUGACCUCUAACCCAACACACUCACUACCCUAUAGUACAUACCCAGGAAGGAUAGCUAUGGAUGGAUGGUGAAAAGUAAUCAUCUGUGUGAACAAUAAGCCUCCAACUCCUACAGUAUACUGAGUUGUCCUCAGUAUGAUGAUAUCUAUUGGGGAGUCACUUGAGACAGUAGUACCCUGGGAAGUGCAGUCUGCAGGGAUGAGACUAGGACAGAGACAGGCUCCCCGAGGACUGGUCCUCAUACGGCCUCAAGUUCAGACACUGUGUUUGUGUGUCAGUGGACCACUGUUUGUGUGUGUGUGUGUGUGUGCACGUGUGUGUGUAGAUAUUUGUCUCUGUGUGUAUUUGAUCCAUGGUUGUCCCUCAGGGGGCCUAUAUACAGUACAGUUAGAUAUGCCUGGAGCCACCUCUGUGUCAGUGGACUUUGUGGGAAAGGCCUGUCCAGGUCAAAGGUUAAACACUGACCGCUGACCUCAGUAAACAGCUGUGUGAGAAGUACUGUACUAUUACUCCUCUGACCAUUAUCAAUAAUUAUUCUCAAUAUUUCAGUCUGUAAGACAUAUUACCCAGGGGCUUGAAUAGCCUUUGUAUCAAUUAUUUUUAUUGGCACCUUUUCCUUCUUAUUCAUUAUCACCCAUUUGAUCAUGUUCUGUACUGUCAGUGCUCUCAUCUCUCUCUGUCCAUCCCUUAUUUUCUGUCCUCUGCUCAUCUCUCCAUCUCUUCUCAGUUCAUUGCAAGGUCAAGGGGAAGGGAAGCCUCGAAAGCCAACAUUUCAUAGGAGAAGGUACCACACAGUUAUUUCUCAAUGUUUCCAUUCUGACUCUCCAUGGUGUGUCACUGCCAAGCUGUGUUUUCAUUACGGGAAGAAAAUGUAAAACGUAUUGCUACCUAUAUUGAGCACUCCCUAAUCAAAUCAAAUUUUAUUUUAAGUGUCUUAUGCUAUGGAAAAAUCAUUUCUAAAACAGUAUGAAGAAUGAAGACAGUGGAAACUAACUUUAAAUGGUUUAUUUCUCUCCAAUAUAAUAAUAAUCAAGCCACUCCGAUGGAAAAAUACUUUCACCAUUAACCCACCACUUUUACCUUUGACCAUCACAUCUCACCCUGAAAUAACGUCACACUUUCCCUGCUGCUCCUGUACCUGUCUGUCUCUCUCCUCUCCCCCUCUCCCCCCCUCCUCUCCUCUCCUCUCCACUCCCCUUCUCUCCUGUCCCUUUCCAACCCUCUCCCUCCCUGGCUUCUCCCUGCUAGUAUGAGCUGGUGUCCCUCCAACGUCCCCCCUCCCCACCCGGAACAGAUUGAUAGCAGAAGGUAUGCCAUCACCGUGUGUCAACUAAUAGCCUAAAAAGACAAACACGGAUAAACAUGAAAGAAAUAAAAAGAGAGGAAGAAGCCUCUGCAUGUUCUAUGCUCUGUGCAUGUCUGUCUCUGGCUUGGUCUGUCUCUGGCUUGGUCUGUCUCUGGCUUGGUCUGUCUCUGGCUUAGUGUGUCUCUGGCUUGGUCUGUCUCUGGCUUGGUCUGUCUCUGGCUUGGUCUGUCUCUGGCUUGGUCUGUCUCUGGCUUGGUCUGUCUCUGGCUUGGUGUGUCUCUGGCUUGGUCUGUCUCUGGCUUGGUCUGUCUCUGGCUUGGUCUGUCUCUGGCUUGGUCUGUCUCUGGCUUGGUCUGUCUCUGGCUUAGUCUGUCUCUGGCUUGGUCUGUCUCUGGCUUGGUGUGUCUCUGGCUUGGUGUGUCUCUGGCUUGGUGUGUCUCUGGCUUGGUGUGUCUCUGGCUUGGUGUGUCUCUGGUUUGGUGUGUCUCUGGUUUGGUCUGUCUUUGGCUUGGUCUGUCUCUGGCUUGGUGUGUCUCUGGCUUGGUCUGUCUUUGGCUUGGUCUGUCUCUGGCUUGGUGUGUCUCUGGUUUGGUGUGUCUCUGGCUUGGUGGUGUCUCUGGCUUGGGUGUGUCUCUGGCUUGGUGUGUCUCUGGCUUGGUGUGUCUCUGGCUUGGUGUGUCUCUGGCUUGGUGUGUCUCUGGCUUGGUGUGUCUCUGGCUUGGUGUGUAUUUUGUCACUGCUGCUGUUGCUCUCUCUUUGUCUCAUUCACCUUGUUGGUCAGUUGUGGUCGACCUCAGAGAUGCACAGUCACUUAUCUUUUGCCUCUCUCUCUCUCUCUCUCCUCCUCUCUCCUUCCUCUCUCCUCCUCUUCCUCCUCUCCUCUCUCUCCUCCUCCCUCUCUCUCUCUCCCUCUCUCUCUCAUCUCCUCUCUCUCUCCUCCUCUCUCUCGCUCUCUUGAGACAAGGAAGCUAGAAUUUAGAGAGGAAGCAUCAAGCAUCUUUAGAACAAUAGUAUUAUACUGCUACACUGCUAGUUAACUACUGCAAAGAUUAGAAUGACUAAUAUAAUCAUCAUCAUCAGUGAGCCAGACAGGUGAGUUAUGGUUUUAGUUCAGUUCAUCUCGCUUAGCCAGACUUACAGCUUCAGUGAGAGGACCGCUAGAAUGAGGUUAUAGGUCUGUUGUACUCUAAUACUGAAUGCUGAUUUGUUAUGCAUUCAUCAUUUACAUAAGUAUGGUCUCAAAUGAGUUUAUUUGUUGUCUAUUAUUUAACAUGAAUUACAAUUGUUCUGUUGUCUUAAAUUUGCUACACUUUUUAAUCAAGUAAACAAUGUUGUUUAACUGAUUGAAGCUUGGGGAAUUUUAUUUUUAUGUUUAUUUUAUUUAAGUUAUUUCCCCCUUACAUUUGUGUUUAGGUUUACAUGUACAGUUGAAGUCGGAAGUUUACUUACACCUUAGCCAAAUACAUUUCAACUCAGUUUUUCACUAUUCCUGACAUUUAAUCCUAGUACAAAUUCCCUGUCUUUGGUAAGUUAGGAUCACCACUUUAUUUUAAGAAUGUGAAAUGUCAGAAUAAUAGUAGAGAGAAUUAUUUAUUUCAGCUUUUAUUAUAUAUCACAUUCCCAGUGGGUCAGAAGUUUACAUACACUCAAUUAGUAUUUGGUAGCAUUGCCUUUAAAUUGUUUAACUUGGGUCAAACGUUUCGGGUAGCCUUCCACAAGCUUCCCACAAUAAGUUGGGUGAAUUUUGGCCCAUUCCUCCUGACAGAGCAGGUGUAACGGAGUCAGGUUUGUAGGCCUCCUUGCUCGCACAUGCUUUUUCAGUUCUGCCCACACAUUUUCUGUAGGAUUGAGGUCAGGGCUUUGUGAUGGCCACUCCAAUACCUUGACUUUGUUGUCCUUAAGCCAUUUUGCCACAACUUUGGAAGUAUGCUUGGGGUCAAUGUCCAUUUGGAAGACCCAUUUGCGACCAAGCUUUAACUUCCUGACUGAUGUCUUGAGAUGUUGCUUCAAUAUAUCCACAUCAUUUCCCUUCCUCAUGAUGCCAUCUAUUUUGUGUCAAGUUUUCAAGAUAUUAGACUUUCAAGAAGUGCAAAACGCAUCAUCAUCAUGAUGUGGCAAGUGACACUUUGCUUCUUGAAAAUGGUAUAUCUUCAAAAUUUGACUGCUGACAUAUAAAACAUUUUGGGACUGUAUCAACAGUGGACUAAUGUAAAAAAUUACAAAAGAUUGUUACAAAAGUGUGUAUAUGUGCAUGUACGUACUUGUGCAUUCCACUUGUGUAGUUUCAGUUUUGAAAUAACUGAUUGUAUCAUCUGUCUGGAGCAUGAAGAUCUGCUGGGUGUGAAUUCACUUCCUGCCUGUGGUUUAAAGAUCUCACAGGGUGUUUGUAUCUACUGUCCCUAAACAAAUUACCACAUCUAUCACCAGAAACACCAGUAGAGUGUUCUUUCACUAACACAGUAUUGUUGUGUCUGCAGUUACAGUUUGGAGGGUCUGGCUGGAGAGGAGGAUACUGGGAAGGUCUCCUCUGGUGUGGGGACCGUUGCACGUCUGGACAGUGAGGAGAGGGGCUCGCUUCUGUCCCUAACAGAGGAGCAGGAGUCAGACCUGGGAGACUGCAGCAGCCUCUACAGCCAGGUAACCCUCACACACUAUACUGUCCAGACGUAUCUUUACCAUAGAGGUCCUGUGUUUUGCUUGCACAAUGAAUUGCACUUGCACUGAACCGCUGAAUCUUUGUACCAUCCCAUGUAGACUGGUGCUCUCUAUGCACAGUAGUUUAAUUCAUGUUUUAUUUUCACUCAGACAGCUUACUGAUCUCUCUCUCGCUCUCCUUUAUUUCAGAAAUCAGGAAGAGUUCUGCCUAUGAGACACAGCUGUCCCUCCAUUCCUUACCAAGCGCUCACCAAGUCGGUGUCCAUGCUGGCCAUCAGUCACAGAGACCUGGACGGUGAGGGUCACUUUAACACACUCUCUCUCUCUCUCUCUCUCUCUCUCUCUCUCUCUCUCUCUCUCUCUCUCUCUCUCUCUCUCUCUCUCUCUCUCUCUCUCUCUCUCUCUCUCUCGACAUGGUGGUACACAAGGCCAGGGUCUCAGAGUAGGAGUGCCGAUCUAGGAUCAGUUUAGCCUUUUAGAUCAUUAUGAAUAAGAUUAUAUGGACAGAUCCUAGAUCAGCACUCCUUCUCUGAAAUGCCCAGGCCUCUAUCCAACAAUCAAGUCUCCUAUCACCUGCUGUUUCCAACCUCGUCCUACAGGUCCAUUUUCUCUCUGUCUCUCUGCUGUGUUUCCCAGACAGGAACAUAAUCCAAUCAGGUGGUUUGUUCACUCUCUUAAUCCCAAUCGUCUCUGGAGCUAACGGGGGCUACUGUUACAGCUUCUCCUGUGUAGGGUUCACUUGAUCACUUGGAAGGGAAUGAGGGUCAGCCCAGGUUCUUGUGCUAAUUUAACAUGUGAUUUGAUGUCUUUUGUACCCUUGAACUGGAUAGCGAGUGGACGGACUCGACCAAAGAGGCGCAUCUCCUUCUCCUUCAGCAUCUCUCCGACCUUCCCAAAAUCUAGAACAUUAUUUUCUAUUGGCUCUUCCUCCAGUGAUGAGGAGGAUGUAGUGAGUAAGUUCUACAGUUCCCAGAAUGCCCUGAGUGGCCCCUUAGCCCCGGCUGCUUCCUGUGUAGUGUGCCUCUACGUCAACCUGUGUCACUAAACGGACGUUACCUCUCUCUAAAUCAACUCUUUUAAAUCAAUUAAUCUCUGUUUGGUCCCCUACCCUUAACAGGGUUAACAUUGUCAGGCAAAUAAUUUGGUUUGCUAAAAUAUCAAUCAGUACAAGUCAUUGUUUCUAAACAAAUAACUUACACAGGGUCAAAUCACCUCUAGUCACUAAUGCAAAUCUCAACAGGUGAUGAAAUAUGCACUGUUUGUUGUUCUGUAUAUGUGAAGUUUCAAGCAAAGCCCUCUGCAGUCCAGUCAGCCUAUGAAAUAUCUGCUGGAGAUGCAUGAAAACCCAGAAUCUAACUGAGAUCAAAUAAUCUGCUUUCUGUUAGCAUAGUAGCCCCUUUUUUACAGUAGCCCUUUUUCUAUUGUAUUUGACAUGGCUGACAUGCCUAUUAUGUCCCUCCUGUGAGUUUUCACACAUUUCUCCCAUCUUUUUUCUCCAUUAGUUAUAUUUAUUCCCCCUAGCCUCCAUUCUUUGAAAUCCACAUAAACACAUUUCAAAGUGUUCCUUUUAGGCUUCACAGCUGCUAAAAAGGACAGGAACAUUUCACUGCUGCCUUCGCGCUCCUUUGAGCCUUGUAAGAAUGGCUUGUAUAUUAUUUUGGAGAGAACGAAAGGAAGAAAAUCCCGUUCCGGGCCGUUACUGGAGGAUGACGUCUCAAAGGGCUUUCGCUGCUCUGGCGUGUCAUAUCUACAGUUUAAGAGCUGUAAGAGGUUUUGCCUGGCAGUUUUUGAAAAUGUCUCUGUGUUUGUCAUGGGAUAUGUGUCUUAUUGAGCUUUGUUGUAGGUCUGAGGCUGAGUUUCAGUGCUGUCUGGCCCCCAGUAAAUCUCUUUAUUAAUGGCUGCCCUUGACUACUACUGUAUGUGUAUGCUGCCUUAUCAUCACAUUCCUUUUUGUAUGUAUUUGUUGGACUUGUUGUUAAUUGGCCAUGUCUUUAACCAAAUUACCCAGUGUGAAAUUCCACCUUUAACCUGUCCCACCAGGUACCCACUGGUUCUGUUGGAUGUUUGUACUACCACGUGUUAUGUGAUAUCACCUCUGCUUGGAAAUGUAUUGUAAUGGUUAUGUAACAUGUAAUGUUUACUUGUACUGAACCACAAUACUGAUAAAAGUACAUAAACUCAGCCAAAAAAUAAACGUCCUCUCACUGUCAACUGCGUUUAUUUUCAGCAAACUUAACAUGUGUAAAUAUUUGUAUGAACAUAACAAGAUUCAACAACUGAGAUAUAAACUGGACAAGUUUCACAGACAUGUGACUAACAGAAAUUGAAUAAUGUGUCCCUGAACAAAGGGGGUGCAAAAUCAAAAGUAACAGUCAGUAUCUGGUGUGGCCACCUGCUGCAUUAAGUACUGCAGUGCAUCUCCUCCUCGUGGACUGCACCAGAUUUGCCAGUUCUUGCUGUGAGAUGUUACCCCACUCUUCCACCAAGGCACCUGCAAGUUCCCUGACAUUUCUGGGGGGAAUGGCCCUAGCCCUCACCCUCCGAUCCAACAGAUCCCAGACAUGCUCAAUGGGAUUGAGAUCCGGGCUCUUCGCUGGCCAUGGCAGAACACUGACAUUCCUGUCUUGCAGGAAAUCAUGCACAGAGCAAGCAGUAUGGCUGUUGGCAUUGUCAUGCUGGAGGGUCAUGUCAGGAUGAGCCUGCAGGAAGGGUACCACAUGAGGGAGGAGGAUGUCUUCCCUGUAACGCACAGCGUUGAGAUUGCCUGCAAUGACAACAAGCUCAGUCUGAUGAUGCUGUGACACACUGCCCCAGACCAUGACGGACCCUCCACCUCCAAAUCGAUCCCGCUCCAGAGUACAGGCCUCGGUGUAACGCUCAUUCUUUCAACGAUAAACGCGAAUCCGACCAUCACCCCUGGUGAGACAAAACCGCGACUCGUCAGUGAAGAGCACUUUUUGCCAGUCCUGUCUGGUCCAGCGACGGUGGGUUUGUGCCCAUAGGCGACGUUGUUGCCGGUGAUGUCUGGUGAAGACCUGCCUUACAACAGGCCUACAAGCCCUCAGUCCAGCCUCUCUCAGCCUAUUGCGGACAGUCUGAGCACUGAUGGAGGGAUUGUGCGUUCCUGGUGUAACUCGGGCAGUUGUUGUUGCCAUCCUGUACCUGUCCUGCAGGUGUGAUGUUCGGAUGUACCGAUUCUGUGCAGGUGUUGUUACACAAUGUCUGCCACUGCGAGGAUGAUAAGCUGUCCGUCCUGUCUCCCUGUAGCGCUGUCUUAGGCGUCUCACAGUACGGACAUUGCAAUUUAUUGCCCUGGCCACAGGGCCUCCUUGCAGCAUGCCUAAGGCACGUUCACGCAGAUGAGCAGGGAUCCUGGGCAUCUUUCUUUUGGUGUUUUUCAGAGUCCGUAGAAAGGCCUCUUUAGUGUCCUAAGUUUUCAUAACUGUUGUCAGUUUGGCACCGAUGUGGAUGUGAUGAGGAGUCAGGCGCAGGACACAGAGGUUUAGUCCAACAAACUUUACUAUAGUAAAGUGAACAAUAAUCACUACACGACCUCGAAAUACAGAGGCGAGAAACAGUACGCAACAUGCGUAAAACAAAACAUGUAGAGCGCAAAACACACAGCUCAAACGACACGCGGACAACAACACACAAUAUAACUAACACAAAACAGGGAACUUAUAGGACACGUAAUUAGGACACAAACAGACACAGGUGUACCAGACAGACCAAAGCAAUCAACACACGAAACAUACAACGGUGGCAGCUAGUAUUCCGGGGACGGCGAACGCCGAAGCCUGCCCGAACCAGGAGGAGGAGCAGCCUCGGCCGAAACGUGACAGUACCCCCCCCUUGACGCGCGGCUCCAGCCGUGCGCCGACCCCGGUCUCGGGGACGGCCAGGAGGACGCGGACCCGGGCGCGUGGGAUGCCCACGGUGGAACUCUGUCAGGAGGGAUGGGUCGAGGAUGUCCCUCCUAGGCACCCAGCACCGUUCCUCCGGACCGUACCCCUCCCACUCCACGAGAUACUGGAGACCACUCCUCCGGCGCCUCGAGUCCAAUAUAGUCCGGACCCUGUACGCCGGUGCCCCCUCGAUGUCCAAAGGGGGUGGAGGGGUCUCUCCUAUCUCCUCCUCUUGGAGUGGACCAGCUACCACCGGCCUGAGAAGAGACACAUGGAACGAGGGGUUAAUAUUUUUGUACUCAAUAGGCAGUUGUAAUCUGUAACACACCUCGUUCAAUCUUCUCAGGACUUUGAAGGGCCCCACAAACCGCCGACCCAGCUUCCGGCAGGGCAGGCGGAGGGGCAGGUUUCGAGUCGAGAGCCAGACUCGAUCUCCCGGUGCGUACACCGGCCCCUCACUGCGGUGGCGAUCGGCGCUCGCCUUGUGUUGACGGAUGGCACGCUGCAGAUGGACAUGGGCAGCGUCCCACGUCUCCUCCGAGCGCCGAAUCCACUCGUCCACCGCAGGGGCCUCGGUCUGGCUCUCGUGCCACGGUGCCAGGACCGGCUGAUACCCUAAAAUACACUGGAAAGGUGUUAAUCCGGUGGAGGAGUGGCGGAGAGAGUUCUGGGCCAUCUCUGCCCAGGGGAUAUACCUCGACCACUCCUCCGGCCGGUCCCGGCAAUAGGACCUCAAAAACCUACCCACAUCCUGGUUCACACGUUCAACCUGCCCAUUGCUCUCUGGGUGGUACCCCGAGGUAAGGCUAACCGAGACCCCCAGGCGUUCCAUGAACGCCCCCCAGACUCUGGAGGUGAACUGGGGACCUCGGUCGGACACAAUAUCCUCGGGGACCCCAUAGUGCCGGAACACGUGGGUAAAGAGGGCCUCGGCGGUCUGUAGGGCAGUAGGGAGACCCGGCAGUGGGAGGAGACGACAGGCCUUAGAAAACCGAUCCACAACGACCAAAAUGGUGGUAUUACCCUGGGAAGGGGGUAGAUCGGUCACAAAAUCCACCGAGAGGUGGGACCAUGGUCGUUGUGGAACGGGCAGAGGAUGUAACUUACCCCUGGGCAAAUGUCUAGGUGCCUUACACUGGGCACACACCGAGCAGGAGGAGACAUAAACCCUCACAUCCCUGGCUAACGUUGGCCACCAGUAUUUCACGCUAAGGCAGUGCACCGUCCGACCAAUACCAGGAUGUCCAGAGGAGGGUGAUGUAUGAGCCCAAGAAAUAAGCCGAUCACGAACCUCGAGCGGAACGUACGUCCGCCCCACAGGACACUCGGGGGGAGUAGGGUCGGUACGCAGCGCCCGCUCGAUUUCCGUAUCGACCUCCCAUACUACCGGAGCCACCAGACAAGACUCCGGCAGUAUGGAAGUAGGCUCAAUGGACCUCUCCUCUGUGUCAUACUGCCGGGACAGGGCGUCUGCCUUACCGUUCUGGGACCCAGGGAUGUAUGUGAUCUUAAAAACAAACCGGGUCAGGAACAUGUUCCACCUAGCCUGACGAGGGUUCAAUCUCCUAGCUGCCCGGAUGUACUCCAGGUUACGGUGAUCAGUCAGAAUGAGGAAAGGGUGUUGAGCCCCCUCAAGCCAAUGCCUCCACACCUUUAGGGCCUGGACUACAGCUAACAGCUCCCUGUCCCCAACGUCAUAAUUGCGCUCCGCCGAGCUGAGCUUCUUAGAGUAGAACGCACAGGGGCGGAGCUUAGGUGGCGUGCCGGACCGUUGUGACAGGACUGCCCCAAUACCGGUCUCGGACGCGUCCACCUCUACUUGGAAAGGCAAAGAGGGAUCCGGAUGCGCCAGCACCGGGGCCGAGACGAACAGGUUCUUCAGCUUGACAAAUGCCCUGUCCGCCUCAGCUGACCACCGCAAGCGCACCGGACCCCCCUUUAGCAGGGACGUAAUGGGAGCUGCAACCUGUCCAAAGCCCCGGAUAAACCUCCGGUAGUAAUUAGCAAAACCCAAGAACCGCUGCACCUCUUUUACGGUGGUUGGAGUUUGCCAAUUACGCACAGCCGCUACCCGAUCUACCUCUAUCUCCACGCCAGACGCGGACAACCGAUAACCCAAAAAGGAGACGGACUCCUGGAAGAACAGGCAUUUCUCUGCCUUGACAUACAAGUCAUGCUCCAACAGUCGUCUCAAUACUCGGCGCACCUGGGCUACAUGCUCGGCUCGUGUAGAAGAAUACACUAGAAUGUCGUCAAUGUACACCACUACACCCUGCCCAUGCAUGUCCCGGAAAAUCUCGUCAACAAAGGAUUGGAAGACUGAAGGAGCAUUCAUUAACCCGUAUGGCAUGACGAGAUACUCGUAAUGACCCGAGGUGGUGCUAAAUGCUGUUUUCCAUUCAUCCCCCUCCCUAAUGCGCACCAAAUUGUACGCGCUCCUGAGAUCCAACUUUGUGAAGAACCGCGCUCCGCGUAAUGACUCCGUCAUCGUCGCAAUCAGUGGAAGUGGGUAACUGUAUUUUACUGUGAUCUGAUUGAGACUACGGUAAUCAAUACACGGGCGCAAUCCCCCGUCCUUCUUCUUCACAAAGAAGAAACUCGAGGAGACCGGAGAAGUAGAGGACCGUAUGUAUCCCUGUGCCAAGGACUCGGCUAUGUAAGUCUCCAUAGCCGCAGUUUCCUCUUGAGACAGGGGAUACACAUGACUCCUGGGAAGAGCUGCUCCGGUCUGGAGAUUUAUCGCACAGUCCCCCUGUCUAUGAGGAGGUAGCCGUGCUGCCCUCGAUUUGCUAAACGCUAGUGCUAAAUCCUCAUACUCAGGGGGAAUGCGCAGUGCGGGCACUUGGUUCGGACUCUCUACCGAGGUCGCCCCUAUGGAAACACCUAGACAUCUCCCUACACACUGGGCAGACCAUUCCAUAAGAGCCCUCUGUUGCCACGCUAUGGUAGGAUCGUGGGUGCUUAACCAGGGAAGCCCCAACACCACUGGGUACGCAGGAGAGUCAAUCAGAUAGAACUGAAUGAUUUCCUCAUGACCCCCCUGCGUCGUCAUCGUCAGCGGUGCUGUGACAUCCCUGAUCAGACCCGACCCCAACGGCCGGCUGUCUAAUGCGUGGACAGGGAAUGGAACUUCUACCGGCCGAAGGGGAAUUCCUAACCUAGCACAAAAUGCCCGAUCAAUAAAGUUCCCAGCUGCGCCUGAAUCUACUAGCGCCUUAUGCUGGGAAUGAGGUGCCACCUGUGGAAAACGCACAGGAAUACUCAUGUGACCAACAGAGAGCUCUGGGUAAGUGGGGCGCCUACUCACCUGAAAUGACUCCCCAGUGCGUGACCUGUUGUCCCCUCUCUCAGAAGACCCUCCCCAGCACCUGGCCGCGGUGUGUCCUCCACGGCCACAGUUGGUGCAGGGGGUGGCCCCCCUCGGGUUCUCCCUCCUCCUCUCUCUAGCGCCAGCACCCCCGAGCUCCAUAGGAAUUGGCUCGGAGGUGCUGGAGGAUGGAAUGGACGACCCCCACUCGGGACGUCCGCGGGUGGCCAGCAGGGUGUCAAGCCGGAUGGAGAUGUCCACCAGCUGGUCGAAGCAUAGGUUGGUGUCCCUGCAGGCCAGCUCACGACGAACGUCCUCUCGCAGGCUACACCGGUACUGGUCGAUGAGGGCCCUCUCAUUCCAUCCUGCAUCCGCAGCUAACGUCCGGAACUCCAGUGCGAACUCCUGUGCGCUCCUCUUCUCCUGUCGGAGGUAGAACAGACGCUCCCCCGCCGCCUUCCCUUCAGGUGGGUGAUCGAAGACUGCCCGGAAGCGGCGGGAGAACUCAGCGUAGGUGAUGGUAGCUGCGUCUAUUCUCCUCCAUUCGGCGUUGGCCCACUCCAACGCCUUUCCGGAUAGACAGGAGAUGAGGGCGGAGACGCUCUCGUAUCCCGAGGGCGCUGGGUGUAUAGUAGCCAGGUAUAGUUCUACCUGCAGGAGGAACCCCUGACACCCGGCUGCAGAACCGUCAUAUGCCCUCGGGAGCGAGAGCCGAAUACCACUGGGUUCCGGCGCUGAGAGAGGAGGACUGACCGGUGGUGAUGGGAUGGUGUAUGAGGACGUGGGCACCUCUCCAUUAGCCAACCGGUGCAGAGUGUUGGACACCUCGCCCAGAACGGCCUCCAGUUGCCGGAUCAUGGAGUCCUGCUGACUGAGCCGUUCUUCUAGCGACCAGGUUGUCGUCGCUGAUCCUGCUGACUCCAUAGAUGGUGUGUUGUUCUGUCAGUUUGGCACCGAUGUGGAUGUGAUGAGGAGUCAGGCGCAGGACACAGAGGUUUAGUCCAACAAACUUUACUAUAGUAAAGUGAACAAUAAUCACUACACGACCUCGAAAUACAGAGGCGAGAAACAGUACGCAACAUGCGUAAAACAAAACAUGUAGAGCGCAAAACACGCAGCUCAAACGACACGCGGACAACAACACACAAUAUAACUAACACAAAACAGGGAACUUAUAGGACACGUAAUUAGGACACAAACAGACACAGGUGUACCAGACAGACCAAAGCAAUCAACACACGAAACAUACAACGGUGGCAGCUAGUAUUCCGGGGACGGCGAACGCCGAAGCCUGCCCGAACCAGGAGGAGGAGCAGCCUCGGCCGAAACCGUGACAACUGUAACCUUAAUUGCCUACCGUCUGUAAGCUGUUAGUGUCUUAACGACCGUUCCACAGGUGCAUGUUCAUUAAUUGUUUAUGGUUCAUUGAACAAGCAUGGGAAACAGUGUUUAAACCCUUUACAAUGAAGAUCUGUGAAGUUAUUUGGAUUUUUACAAAUUAUCUUUGAAAGACAGUCCCGAAAAGGGACGUUUCUUUUUUUGCUGAGAAUUCCACUCUGUAAUCUCCGUUAUUUCAACAUGCUUUCAUUGCUCGUAUUGUAUAUAAAUGUAUAACUAUAUUUUGAUCAUAUUUAUAUUUCUAUAACUACAUUUACAACUCCCUGUCCCAUUUAGGGUGGCAGGUAGCCUAGCAGUUAGAGUGUAGGCCAAUAACCGAAAGAUCGCUGGUUCAAAUACCCGAGCUGACAAGGUGAAAAAUCUUUUGAUACGCCCUUGAGCAAGGCACUUAACCCUAAUUUGCUCCAGGGACGCCGUGCUACUAUGGCUGACCCUGUAAAACACCACAUUUCUCUUCACCUAUCCGGUGUACCAAUAACAAUAAUACAAAUGUAAAUAAAUAAAUGACAUAAUCUGCUGUUCCAUUGGUCCAGCUCAUCACCUCCUCUCUCUAUUUCUGCUGUAGGAAUGGGAUCAUUCUCCAGUACCUCGGCAUCACUAGAGCACAGGUAAGACAGAAACCUUAUCCCCAUUUUACAUGGGUCUGUUCUUACAAUGUCUACUAAAGGCUAUUUCUCCAGCAGUGUAGUGUCUGGCAGUAUGAAUGGCAGUAUGCUGAGUUUGCCUCUAGUUCUCCUACUCUUCUUCGUCCAGCAUCUCUGAGGAGGACCCGGGGCCACUGCGGAGCGACACUGAGGGAAGACAGGGGACCAAGGUCAGCCGCACCUUCAGUUAUCUCAAGAGCAAGAUGAGUACUAAGAAGAACAAGGUGAGUCUGUCCAUUUAAGCCUCUCUUCCUCCUGCACUAGCAGAGCAAAUCACAUUUUAUUUGUCACAUUCUUCGUAAACAACAAGAGGUGUGGACUAACAGUGAAAUAACAGGCAUAGGGCCUGGCUCAGAAUUGCCCCUGAGGGGAUAAAUAAAUAAAUAUUGAAGUUAAUUGAAUUGAAGAAGCCCCAGUAGUACACUACCUUUUCAGUCUGACCCUAACGCUAUUGUCCAUAUUGGUGUUGAAUCCAAUGGAUUAUUAGGUGUCUAAAGGUUUCUCAUUACAGUUCUUUGGAUACAAGUUUUCAGGUUAUAAUUUAUGUCCAGGUUAAUAACAGAGUGUAGGCUAAUACACAUAUUACAAUCUCAAAACUGUUGAUUCCGGAAUAAGAUACUUUUCCCUGACGCGUAUCUGUGUUCUGGGUGUCAUAAUCAGAUUGUAAAUGACUGUGAGGGAGUAUACAGUAUAUAUCUGCUCGGUAAGUGUAUCUGGCUGUGAGUCUUUGAGUUGUGAGAAGCAGAGUGAGGCGCCUGGUCUGCACGCAGUAGGAAAGCCAAACAGGAAACAGAUGCAUGCAGUGGUUUGUCUCAAACAGACGUCUGUAUGGCAUCACUGCUGCUACGAAAGCAAACCACAAUUCGUUCAGACCUAAUAACAUUAGACUUCCUGAUAACAUUAAGGGAAAUAACAGUAAUGCCCAGACCAUGCAUCAACACAGUUCUCAUGUGAUUUGAUUUCGCUGUGAUUGUAUCCAAAACAAUAUCUCAUCUUUUUUUAGCAGGCCUAGUUAUUACAUAGAAGAACAUGCUUAUAAUCAAAAAUGCUACUUAAUCCAUAACACAUGAACACUGACCGAGUAAAAUGUCCAAUGUUUGUAUGGCUUCCAAUUUGGGCUUUGAAAGUAUGUACCUUGUACAGUGCAUCCGGAAAGUAUUCAGACCCUUUGACUUUUUCCACAUUUUGUUGCAUUACAGCCUUAUUCUAAAAUGUAUUAAAGUGUUUUUCCCCCCCUCAUCAAUCUACACACAAUACCCCAUAAUGACAAAGCAAAAACAGGUUUUUAGAAAAUGUUGCUAAUUUUAGCAAAAACUAUAGAAAACUGAAAUAUCACAUGUACGGUCGUAUUCAGACCCUUUACUCAGUACUUUGUUGAAGCACCUUUGGCAGCAAUUACAGCCUAGAGUCUUCUUGGGUAUGACGCUACAAGCUUGGCACACCUGUAUUUGGGGAGUUUCUCCCAUUGUUCUCUGCAGAUCCUCUCAAGCUCUGUCAGGUUGGAUGGGGAGCGUUUCUGCACAGCUAUUUUCAGGUCUCUCCAGAGAUGUUUGAUCGGGUUCAAGUCCGGGCUCUGGCUGAGCCUCUCAAGGACAUUUAGAGACUUGUCCCGAAGCCAUUCCUGCGUUGUCUUGGCUGUGUGCUUAGGGUCAUUGUCCUAUUGGAAGGUGAACCUUCGCCCCAGUAUGAGGUCCUGAGCGCUCUCGAGCAGGUUUUCUUCAUCAAGGAUCUCUCUGUACUUUGCUCCGUUCAUCUUUGCCUCGAUCCCGACUAGUCUCCCAGUCCCUGCCACUGAAAAACAUCCCCACAGCAUGAUGCUGCCACCACCAUGCUUCACCGUAGGGAUGGUGCCAGGUUUCCUCCAGACGUGACGCUUGGCAUUCAGGCCAAAGAGUUCAAUCUUGGUUUCAUCAGACCAGAGCAUCUUGUUUCUCAUGAUCUGAGAGUCUUUAGAUGCCUUUUGGCAAACUCCAAGCGGGCUGUCAUGUGCCUUUUACUGAGGAGUGGCUUCCGUCUGGCCUCUCUACCAUAAAGGCCUGAUUGGUGAAGUGCUGCACAGAUGGUUAUCCUUCUGGAAUGUUCUCCCAUCUCCAUAGAGGAACUCUAGAGCUCUGUCAAAGUGACCAUCAGGCUCUUGGUCACCUCCCUGACCAAGGCCCUUCUCCCCCAAUUUCUCAGUUUGGCCGGGCGACGAUCUCUAGGAUGAGUCUCGGUGGUUCCAAACUUCUUCCAUUUAAGAAUGAUUGAUGCCACUGUGUUCUUGGGGACCUUCAAUGCUGCAGAAAUAUUUUGGUACCCUUCCUCAGAUCUGUGCCACGAAACAAUCCUGUCUCGGAGCUCCACGGACAAGUCCUUGAACCUCAUGACUUGGUUUUUGAUCUGACAUGCACUGCCAACUGUGGGACCUUAUAUAGACAGGUGUGUGCCUUUCCAAAUCAUGUCCAAUCAAUUGAAUUUACCACAGGUGGACUCCAAUCAAGUUGUUGAAACAUCCCAAGGAUAAUCAAUGGAAACAGGAUGCACCUGAGCUCAAUUUCGAGUCUCAUAGCAAAGGGUCUGAAUACUUAUGUAAAUAAGGUAUUUCUGUUUUUAAUUUUUAAUAAGUUAGCAAACAUUUCUCAACCUCUUUUCGCUUUGUCAUUGUUGGGUAUUGUGUGUAGACUGAGAAGGAAAAACAUUAAUUGAAUACAUUUUAGAAUAAGGCUGUAACGUAACAAAAUGUAGAAAAAGGGAAGGGGUCUGAAUACAUUCCUAAUGCACUGUACAUACUGUACAAAAGUUUGCUGAGAAUGUGAGCUAGAUUAGAGGCCGGAAGCUGCAGUGGGGCUGGUGUGUAACGAAGACGGCAAAGCAGUCGGCACAGACGCUCAUGGUACAUCCAUGGUAGCUCACUUCCUUCUGUUGGGCUGAUGGCUGGCAACAUGGGAACGCCAGAGUUCCGUUUGUAGAUUCUGUAUCGCCUGUUAUUACAGACCGGCGUACAGACCAUCGUUCAGACAGACUGUCACUGUAAUAAUGUAACAGACAGACAGACUGUCACUGUAAUAAUGUAACAGACAGACAGACAUACUGCCACUGUGUUGUUGUGUAGACGGCUCCUGGCACACAGUCGCUCACUGAAGCUGAGGGCUGAUGCAGUACAGGAUGAGGUAGGGGAUAUUGGUUCUUUGUGUUGACUAACACCUGUCGCCUGUCUCACGGCUCAGACAGGAACAGGCUCUGAAACUCUUCUCUAAAUACACAUUCUUCCCUUUUUCAGGAGGAAUUGCUUUAGCAACACAUUUAGGUUGAGUCAGAAUCAUAGGAUAUUGGUUGUUUCAUUUCCUGUACUGGUUAUGAAUGCGUGUCUACCUGUACAGUCAACCUGAGAGUGUGUUAUUGGCCAGUCCAGUGUAUUGUGUCUGUUGUUACACUGAUAUACUGGAACCUUUUGUCAUAAUUAUGUUUCUGUUUGUUAAUGAGACUGAAUGAGACUUCUGGAUUAAAACAAAUACGGAAAUAUUGUGAAGGGGUUUUUGACAGCUGUCAAACACAUGUGGUGUAUACUUCCUCAGUACAUCUUUGCGCAAAUGACUCAUAUCUCUCGGCUUUGGCUAAGUACUAUCCAAGUGUGAGAUCUAUUUGUGAGCCCUUGAUUGAUUCAGUAUCUCCGGAAAGCAUGCACAGUGCCACAGUGCUUUGACUUAGAGAAAUGAUGGUAUUUCCUUUGUAUCUCUCUGCAGGAGAAGGAGAAGGCUCAGGGGAAGGAGAAAGACCCCAAGGAGAAGGAGAAAAAAAACCUGAACGGUCAUCUCUUCAGCUCUGUGAACCCAGCCCCAUCCACAACCUGCCACCAAUGCAACAAACCCAUUAUCACUAAAGAAGCCUUCCUCUGCACCAGUAAGACAACAAAUCUGUAAUGAUCUUAUCAGAGUGUUUAUGAGAAACCAGACUCCACAGAGUUAUUUAGUCACUCUGUUCCAUGGUAAGGGUACCACUGCUCCACAUUCCCCCCACCAUCUCUAUAUGGCCAACAGCAUGCAUUAGAAGAGCAGAGUAGCCCACUCCCAAUACUUUUUCUUAGAACUAUUUUGUUUGUUGUCAGUCUGUCUGAAGCAUGAUGGACUAGGUGGGGCUGUCCCAGUGAAUAGGAGUUGGGUGGUUAGAGGGAAAAGGGGACAGGGGAGGGAUGUGGCCCUCGGCCAAGCCAGUCCACUCAGUCCCCUGUUUCACUGGGUUACAUCACUCUGCCCCUGGCCCCUGACGCAGCUCUACUCUUACAGGCCGGCUGUGUGUCUCUCUCUCUCUCUCUCUCUCUCUCUCUCUCUCUCUCUCUCUGUCUCUGUCUCUGUCUCUGUCUCUGUCUCUCUCCUCUCUCUCUCUCGCUCUCUGGCAGAGGAUGUGCUGUAAGCCCACACAGAAUUGUGGCCCACAUAGGGUUUGACGAGCAAAGUCCUAAACUUGAAACAAGCCCUUCGUUUUGACAAUAGACAUAGUUAUUCAGAACAUAUUUUUUCUUGAUCAGUGAUUUUGAUCCUUAUCUUAGCUAAAAAGUCAAAUAGGGCUUUGCGGAGAGUGAAUUAGUUUUGUCUGAAAUAUUAAUAAUAGAGUGCAGUGUCUAAUGGAGAGCUGCCUCCUCUCUCUGUUCUCUCAGCUUCACUUUGAGAGAUUCAGUCUGUCUGUGUUUGACACACAAUCAAAACAACUCCCACAAGUUGGCCUCGAAAAAUAUGAAGGACACACACACCCUGUUGCACAGCACAGUCCCCUCUCACUGUUUAAAACCUCCAGCUGGGAGAGAGCAACAGCACAGUCCCCUCUCACUGUUUAAAACCUCCAGCUGGGAGAGCGCAACAGCACAGUCCCCUCUCACUGUUUAAAACCUCCAGCUGGGAGAGAGCAACAGCACAGUCCCCUCUCACUGUUUAAAACCUCCAGCUGGGAGAGCGCAACAGCACAGUCCCUUCUCACUGUUUAAAACCUCCAGCUGGGAGGGCGCAAUAGCACAGUCCCCUCUCACUGUUUAAAACCUCCAGCUGGGAGAGAGCAACAGCACAGUCCCCUCUCACUGUUUAAAACCUCCAGCUGGGAGAGAGCAACAGCACAGUCCCCUCUCACUGUUUAAAACCUCCAGCUGGGAGAGAGCAACAGCACAGUCCCCUCCACUGUUUAAAACCUCCAGCGGGCGAGAGCAACAGCACAGUCCCCUCUCACUGUUUAAAACCUCCAGCUGGGCGAGAGCAACAGCACAGUCCCCUCUCACUGUUUAAAACCUCCAGCUGGGAGGGCGCAAUAGCACAGUCCCCUCUCACUGUUUAAAACCUCCAGCUGGGAGAGAGCAACAGCACAGUCCCCUCUCACUGUUUAAAACCUCCAGCUGGGAGGGCCUGCUCAUUGUUGUUUCUUCCUUCUUCCCAUCUCUUUCCUCCCUGAAGUGUAGUUGUGUUGGUGUUGUUUGGAUGGGCUUGACUGGAGGCGGAGCGGAACACUUUGAACUAUAUGGCCUGUUCAUACUCUACACUCAGCCCUGAUUCCUCUGUUAGUUAUUGUGCAGCUUUUAUGUUAUUAGAUCAACUGUUUUUAUGGCGCCUGCUCUGAGUUACCCUCACCUUAACCUGGGCGUGUCUGCUAACUGUGUUCAGUAAACAAGACUUUGUAGUUGUUCAGAGGUCAGACUUGGAGAGCUGGGAGAGGUAAGACACUGUACACUGUCUGAAAGGGUAAACUAGGCAGAAACAGGGAAAUUACCUUUUUCUUUACAGAACAUAAAUGCCAUUUUGGGACUUUUUCAAAUUAUUUUAUACAGCCUAAAAUCAGGUGGAAUCUGGAUUUUCUCAGUGUACAGAUUAGAGUUUCCUCUUGCUGCCUGUUUGUUUCUAUAGGUCAGGGUGGUUCAGAUUAGCAAUGUUGAUUUGGUAUGAGUCAUACCACCAAGCUAGCAGGUUUUUUACACUGUUGUGUGAUCUUGUUGCAUUGAAAUUAUAUUAUUUACACUAGUAGCAAGUAGCAACGUUGUCACCUGAUGAAGGAGGAGGGAGAAAUGGGUAGGUCUGACUACUCUGCUUUUCCUGCAGUCUAUAACUGAUUUUUCUACCAAAUCUUUGUGCUAAUGUUGUUUUUCUUCUGAUGAUUUCAGACUGCAAUGCACAGGUCCAUAAGGGCUGCAGAGAGAGUCUUCCUGUCUGUGUCAAGGUCAAAAUGAAGGUAAGCUUGCUCUCAGCUGUCUACAAUUCUUCUUCACUCAAACACACAGGAACAGAAUGUGUCUGUUUGUCUGUCAGCACGCAUCUGUGCGGGAUCAGUCUCUGUCUAACGUGUGAAUGAAUGGGUAACAGGCUUGUUAAUGGCAUUGAUGUAUUGUAAUACCAUACUGUAUUUUCAGCAGCAGAAGCAGCAAACAGUGCCAGAUCCUGCGUCCGUAUCCGGAGUCAUGUUGAGAAGUAAAUGUAAUAUAUUUAUUUGUCCACUAACUGUAUGUAUGUCUGUCUCUUAUCUAUGCAUUGUUAAUAUUUUCCCCAAAAAUGUUUUACAUACAGUAUAUUUGUAUUUAUUUGACUUUGUGCAUGUACAAUUCCUGAUAUCCUUAUGAGCUGUACUACUGUACAUGCUAACUUCUGUAUUUGUGUGGUCAGCUACAUCGUCUCGGGAGCGUCCGUGGUCGGCCACCUCGUCCACUGAUGACCAGUCCAUGGUUACGGUGGCGGCGGUGGUGCCUCGCAGGAAUCCCAGCAUCCUCCCCUUCAACAAAAGCAACCUGUCCAAGAGCAUCUCCAUCAGCAACAUCGCAGGGUGAGACACAACACCACUCAAUCACCAACCAACUCACUAUUGCCUCUUACACACUUGGGUUUUACAACUGAUGUACAUUUUCAUGCUGACACACUCAUCAACAGUACUGUAUGUGUUGUAUCACAAGUGUUGUGUCAAAUGCAUUGUACAUCAAUUGUACAGCCAGAGUGUAUACACGAUUUAUGUUAUCACUGUAAUAGUCACUCCUUCACCAACUCUGUUUCUCUCUUCCACCCUGUCUGUCUGUCUGUCUGUCCAUGCAGGCCAUUGAUGGAUGAGAUGCCACUGAAGGGCCUGAAGUACCUGUCCCAGUCUACAGACUCACUGCACAAGACCUCCAAGGUCAAUGAGUCCACUGAGUCUCUCACUGAUGAAGGUAAGGUAGAGAGCUGGAGAGUUAUCACUGUGACAGAGCCUAUUUGCUGUAGUCUCUCAUUGUAGGGAUCGGUUCAAAGGAGUGAGCAAAUAUGACAUGUUCGGAUUUCCUCUGAUGUUUUCAGCCGUUGUUUUGCAUUACUUUGUAUUGGUCCACUUUACAGCAUAUGUGAGUGUAGGAGAGCAAAUGUAUGCUUACAGUACGUACAGUCUGGCCACCCCUGCCCCGUCCAUACUAACUGUUCCUGUGUGUGUUGUCCUAGGGACUGAGAUGAUGGACAGCCAGCUGAUGGGAGAGUUUGAGGCAGAGUCUAAGGAUCUGGAGGCAGACUCCUGGACCUUCACUGUGGAUAAGAAGUAUGUGAAGGGGCUCAAGAAGGAGGUGGUCAAGAGACAGGACGUCAUCUAUGGUAGGAGGGCAACUCUCCCAAUCCCACUCAUUCCAUCACAUGUUCCCAUCCUUUGUUUCAGUCAAAAUCAGAAAUAACUUCCUCCAUUAGUAAAUCCAUUAGCUGCUCCUCUCUGUCUGUCACUCGCUCCCUGCGUGCAGCUCACUCUGCAUGUGCUCUGCUCAUGGCGACUCUGAGUCUGUGAGUAUCCAUAGCAAUGGCUCUGCUUGGGCUGCUAGCUACUUUUCGUCACUCAACUCUGACAAAACUCAAGGAACAUUAUUAUUUUCUGUCAAAUAAUCUCUCUUGUCUUAUAUUUGACGAGGUUGAAGCACUUCUGACGCCAUGUUAUGAUCUUAGUCAUAUAUGACUGUACUGCACAGCACAGCACGCGCAAAUGGUCAGCUUCAAAAUGUUAGUGAUCAAUUUAGUCCUGAUGUAUAAUGUCGGGGCCGUCGGGCUUGGGUCGGAUAGCAGAACUCUACCCCCACCCCCAUCAAAGUUGCCCAUCCCUGAAAUACAUGGAGUGCACAGUGCAAUGAAGUGCUUACUUGCAGGUUUGCAUAUAGACUCGCAUAUAGAAUCCCUAUUAAUUUAAUAGGAUCUCUGUGGGACUAAUAGUAAAGAUUUGUCCUUUUUAAUAUUAAAAUGUAUUACCUUUUAAAGUGGCAUAAACACAACCAGUCAUGAUGUUUUCAUCUGAUUGUCAAACAAUCACUUCAAUAGGCUCCUGUAAGCCUGACCACCUGUAUGCACUCACUAACUGUAAGUCGCUCUGGAUAAGAGCGUCUGCUAACAUGUAAAUGUAAAAAUCCAUACACUGCACUGGGCACCCGCCAUUUGAUGAAUGGAAAGAGACAUCUGUUAAGGUGCCCGCAUACUAGGUUCACUUUGCUCCUAGCAUAACUCAGCUAGGUGAAGCGAAUGUCUGUGCCUCACAUACUCCCUUAAAAGACCUUAGCUUGAAAAACGAGAAAAAAGCAGCAAUAUUACUGUUUGUCCCUCUUGAGAUGCCGUAGCAACAACAAAUAAAUAAAUAUUUAUCAAUCAAAUCCUGCUGAACACCAAAAUGAACAAAAAUGUCACAAUGUUUUCAUAAUAUAUGCGCAAACUGUUUCGACUGAGAAGCAUGCGACAGGCUUUACAAAACACCAAAAAGUAUAAUGAAUGACAUUCAGUGAUGACACUUGUAACCUGAAUUGAUGCGUCCACUGCUGUCCGCGUGCAUCUCCAUCUAGGCCACUCACCUCUGCCUUCGCAAAAUGCCACCUUUAUCGUCGAACCACACCGCAUUUUGGAACGUAUUACACAUGUUUUUAAGUCCAUUCGCAAAACAAUGAAUGCGACUGACAUGCGUUAAUGAUAAAUAAAAGUGUAAUAGCUUACAGUUUUAUUUGCAUCUUUGUUUAAUUAUUGUGAUAGGGUCAUGUUUAACCAGGACGGCAUACCCCCACUAUUUAUUUUGACGAUACUCUUUACCGGACCGUACCAGCUUACUUUCACUCCUGGGUUAAACACAAUGUGAGGGUGUUGUUAAUUGGGAUUUUGCACUAUAACCCACUCUCUACCUCUCCCUCCUACCCUUCCCUUCCUGUCUCUCUGCAGAGCUGGUCCAGACAGAGAUGCACCACGUACGGACGCUGAGGAUCAUGUCUGAGGUGUACAGUAAGAGCCUGCAGAAGGAGUUGCAGCUGGAGGCCCUGACGGUGGAGCGGAUGUUCCCCAUGCUGGACGAACUCCUGGAUCUACACACACACUUCUUCACACACCUCCUGGAGCGCAAGAGGGAGUCCUCAAUCGAGGGUCGGGAUGACGGGAGCUUCCUCAUCCACAAGAUAGGAGACGUCCUUGUCUCACAGGUUAGCAGGGGGAGACUGUUUGUCGCCCUGAGGGGUUUAGCGAUCCUUGUGGAAAUGUUGUGGAAAUGUUGACUAGUAGGCUAACCUGUAAGUUAACUUAUUAAUCUUAUAUGGGUUUUCUGGUCUUCAGUUCUCAGGGCCCAAUGCGGACCGCAUGAAGAAAGUCUACGGGAAAUUCUGCAGUCACCACAACGAGGCGGUCAACUUUUAUAAGGAGCUUCACACCAAAGACAAACGCUUCCAAGCCUUCAUCAAGGUAACUAACUACUCUUUGUUGUACAUGGUUAUAAGCAGUAUGAAAAACAUAACUUUCUCCACCAGGUGGUGCCACUACACUGUUGUAAUUUUAUUGCAUAAACCUGCAGUUGUUUGAAGCAGAAUAUUCAUAUCUGAAUUGUAUCUGUCUGUGUUUUUCAGAAAAAGAUGAGCAGCACAAUAGUCCGAAGACUAGGCAUCCCAGAGUGCAUCUUAUUAGUGACACAGCGAAUAACCAAGUACCCCGUGUUACUACAGAGGAUACUGCAUCACACCAAAGGUGAGACCUGGUAUUCUCUAUUCCUUGAAUGGCACUCAUACACUUGCUUUGUUAGAAAGACGAGUGGCGCAGCGGUCUAAGGCACUGCAUCAAAUGUGUUAGAGGCGUCACUACAGACCCUGGUUCGAUCCCAGGCUGUGUCACAGCCAGCCGUGACCGGGAGACCCAUGAGGCGGCGCACAAUUGGCCCAGCGGUCAUCCGGGUUAGGGGAGGGUUUGGCCGGCUCGGAUGUCCUUGUCGCAUCGCGCUUUAGCAACUCCUUGUGGCAGCGAUGGGACAAGACUGUAGCUACCAAUUGGAUAUCACGAAAUUGGGGCGAAAAAGGGGUAAAAAGUACAACAAAAUUAAGAAAGAAAGAGCAGUGAUGGAGAUAGUUGUGAGGUCUCUUCCUCUGUGUGUGCUGAAGUGACAUGCAGGUCUUAUUUCCCUGAUGCAGAGAAUGAGGAGGAUCAUGAGGAUAUAACCCAGGCUCUGAGACUGGUGAAGGAGAUUCUAAAUGCGGUGGACAACAAGGUGAACGAACAUGACAAGAAGAAAAGGUUGAAAGAGGUGUACAGUCGUACGGACAGCAAGUCCAUUCAGAGGAUGAAGAGUGGCCAGAUGUUUGCACGGGAAGACCUGUUGAGAGGCAGGAGGCUGCUGCAUGAUGGACCACUGCAGCUCAAGAACUCUGCAGGCAGACUAAAGGGUACGGGUCAGCCCUGUUUAUCUGUCUCAUUCGCCCUCUCUGUCUCUCACUCUGUUUCUCUUUCUUUCUCAUUCCCUCCUCUCUCCCUCUCUUUCUAGUUUUUUCUCACUCUUUCUCUCCUCAAUUUCUCUGUGUCUCUCUCUCCCUUUCUUCCUCUCCCUCUUCUCCCCCCGCCCUCCCUCCCUCACUGAUCCUGAAUCUUUGUUAUUUUUCACAGAUGUCCAGGCCAUGCUGCUGUCUGACGUGUUUGUGUUCCUCCAGGAGAAAGACCAGAAAUAUGUCUUUGCCUCACUGGUAUGUUAUGUUUGUUAUUCCCAGCUCAUUGUUUCAUAUGUACCACACUCUGUAGAGAACCGUGCCCACUUCAUGUUAGUUUACACCAAGUUUAGCUUGCUGUGCUGUUAUAACACCAGUCCUUCAGCUCUAUUAAUAUUGUGCCUCGCAAGGCCGUUGCAUGCUAGCUUCCAUAGAAACCUGGUCUAUACAUCCUUCAAUAGAAACCUGGUCUAUACAUCCUUCAAUAGAAACCUGGUCUAUACAUCCUUCAAUAGAAACCUGGUCUAUACACCUUCAAUAGAAACCUAGUCUAUGGCCUCCUGAGUGGCGCAGCGGUCUGAGGCACUGCAUCGCAGUGCUUGAGGCGUCACUACAGACCCGGGUUUCGAUCCCGGGCUGUGUUGCAGCCAGCCGCGACCGGGAGACCCAUGAGGCGGCGCACAAUUGGCCCAGCUGCAUGCACGUUGACUUAGGUCGCCAGCUGUACGGUGUUUCCUCCGACACAUUGGUGCGGCUGGCUUCCGGGUUAAGCGAGCAGUGUGUCAAGAAGCAGUGCGGCAUGACAGGGUCGUGUUUCGGAGGACGCAUGGCUCUCGACCUUCGCCUCUCCCGAGUCCGUACGGUAGUUGCAGCGAUAGGACAAGACUGUAACUACCAUUUGGAUAUCACGAAAUCGGGGUGAAAAAGAAACCUGGUCCUUCAAUAGAAACCUGGUCAAUACAUCCUUUCACCUCCAUUCUCCCUCUCCUUCCCUCCUCUCACUCCAUUCCUCCCUCUCUCUUUCCCCUCCAUCCCCGCUCUCCCGUCCCUCAGGACCAGCGGUCCACGGUGAUCUCCCUGCAGAAGCUGAUUGUGCGUGAGGUGGCUAAUGAGGAGAGGGGUCUGUUCCUGAUCACAGCGGGGAUAGAGAAGCCAGAGAUGGUGGAGGUGCUGGCCAGCACCAAGGAGGAACGCAACACCUGGAUGCAGCUGAUACAGGACGCCAUGCACUCCAUGUGAGUCAGUUAGACAGGAACACACAUAGAAAUAUAAUGACUAGAACGGGUAAGCCCAUCAGACCACAGCAAUUUGAUUCUGAAAAAAUAUCUGUAUUUCUAUUUCUAUGGGAACACACACAUUGUGUACCCACAGAUACACAAACCAAUAUCAUAUACGUAGAACAUAUUUGUUUUAUACUACACAUGCAGUGUAAAUGGUUUGAUUGAUGGAGGAUUGUGUGUGUUAACAGAGAGAAGGAUGAUGAUGAGGGAAUCCCCAGUGAGACCGAGGAAGACAAGAGACUGCUGGAGACCAAAGCACGGGAGAUUAGAGGUAAAACCUGUUCAGUUUUUUCAUCAAAUACUGUAUAACCUGAUGGAUAUGCUCUGUCAGAGUUGUGUAUGACAAGUAUUAACCACAGUGUGUGUCUCUGUUCCUCUCAGAGCUGCUGAGGAAGAAGGAUGAGCAGAUCGUGAGUCUAUUGGAGGAGAAGGUGAAGGUGUUCAGGGACAUGUGUGAGGGUGGCAGCGGCCCAGCGGAGGAGACCAGCCCAACCCAGUCUAUCAGGACCAGAAUGCUGUUUAGAGCCACUCCAGACGACAUCACCAAGGGAGAGCCCAUCAUGAAGGAUGCCCUGAGGGAAGGUGAGUCAGAGUGGACGGCCCUCGGGCAGAAACCACACACAACACAGAUUACCCUUUAUCCAAUCAGUGAUCACCUAUUGAAUUACCUGGACACAUGGUCAACCAGUGAUUUCCCCCUGAAGACACACAGGACCAAUCAGAAACAAUCAGGAAAUUACCCGAAAAUACCCCUAAUAUAAUAUAAUGCCGAUAGCAGCUGAAAGACAAAGGCAGAGAGAUUACAGAAUACUGCCGAAAACUAAUUGUUGGCUAAAGCCAGAGUGAUAUAUGGUUACUUGUCAUAGUUAUUUAUAUCAGCGUUUUCUCUCUGUAGACAGGGAUAGAAUCAAUGCAUAAGGGUACAAAUGAAUUGCUUUAAUGCUGCAGGUUGAGUAAUGAGACAGAUAUUGAUAUUUCUUCUCCUUUUCUCCUGGUUGCCUUAGUUGCCCAGUUUAUGGAGGUCUGUCCGGGUUGCUUCAGCUACCUAGAGUAGUGUGUGUAGUCCUUACUGAAAUCGCACAGUAUGGUGUGUGUGUGUACAAGACCUGGCAAAUAGUAAUGAAAAACAACACACCACUGUGAAUGAUUUUACAGUGAGGGAAAAAAGUAUUUGAUCCCCUGCUGAUUUUGUACGUUUGCCCACUGACAAAGAAAUGAUCAGUCUAUAAUUUUAAUGGUAGGUUUAUUUGAACUGUGAGAGACAGAAGAACAACAAAAAAAUCCAGAAAAACGCAUGACAAAAAUGUUAUAAAUUGAUUUGCAUUUAAAUGAGGGAAAUAAGUGUUUGACCCCUCUGCAAAACAUGACUUAGUACUUGGUGGCAAAACCCUUGUUGGCAAUCACAGAGGUCAGACAUUUCUUGUAGUUGGCCACCAGGUUUGCACACAUCUCAGGAGGGAUUUUGUCCCACUCCUCUUUGCAGAUCUUCUCCAAGUCAUUAAGGUUUCGAGGCUGACGUUUGGCAACUCCAACCUUCAGCUCACUCCACAGAUUUUCUAUGGGAUUAAGGUCUGGAGACUGGCUAGGCCACUCCAGGACCUUAAUGUGCUUCUUCUUGAGCCACUCCUUUGUUGCCUUGGCCGUGUGUUUUGGGCCAUUGUCAUGCUGGAAUACCCAUCCACGACCCAUUUUCAAUGCCCUGGCUGAGGAAAGGAGGUUCUCACCCAAGAUUUGACGGUACAUGGCCCCGUCCAUCGUCCCUUUGAUGCGGUGAAGUUGUCCUGUCCCCUUAGCAGAAAAACACCCCCAAAGCAUAAUGUUUCCACCUCCAUGUUUGACGGUGGGGAUGGUGUUCUUGGGGUCAUGGGCAGCAUUCCUCCUCCUCCAAACACGGCGAGUUGAGUUGAUGCCAAAGAGCUCCAUUUUGGUCUCAUCUGACCACAACACUUUCACCCAGUUCUCCUCUGAAUCAUUCAGAUGUUCAUUGGCAAACUUCAGACGGGCAUGUAUAUGUGCUUUCUUGAGCAGGGGGACCUUGCGGGCGCUGCAGGAUUUUAGUCCUUCACGGCAUAGUGUGUUACCAAUUGUUUUCUUGGUGACUAUGGUCCCAGCUGCCUUGAGAUCAUUGAAGAGAUCCUCCGUGUAGUUCUGGGCUGAUUCCUCACCGUUCUCAUGAUCAUUGCAACUCCACGAGGUGAGAUCUUGCCGAGGGAGAUUGACAGGUCUUUUGUGUUUCUUCCAUUUGCGAAUAAUCGCACCAACUGUUGUCACCUUCUCACCAAGCUGCUUGGCGAUGGUCUUGUAGCCCAUUCCAGCCUUGUGUAGGUCUACAAUCUUGAUCCUUGGAGAGCUCUUUGGUCUGAUUGAUUGAUUGCUUCUGUGGACAGGUGUCUUUUAUACAGGUAACAAGCUGAGAUUAGGAGCACUCACCUUAAGAGUGUGCUCCUAAUCUCAGCUCGUUACCUGUAUAAAAGACACCUGGGAGCCAGAAAUCUUUCUGAUUGAGAGGGGGUCAAAUACUUAUGUCCCUCAUUAAAAUGCAAAUCAAUUUAUAACAUUUUUGACAUGCAUUUUUCUGGAUUUUUUUGUUGUUAUACUGUCUCACUGUUCAAAUAAACCUACCAUUAAAAUUAUAGACUGAUCAUUUCUUUGUCAGUGGGAAAACGUACAAAAUCAGCAGGGGAUCAAAUACUUUUUUCCCUCACUGUAUGUCACGGUACUGCAAGAAUACAGCACCAGAGUGCAGGACCUAUCCCCAUGUGUGUAAUUUGUGUGUGUGUGUGUUUCAGUGGAGACUCUCCAUGUGCUGGUGAAUGGCGGUCUGGGUGGGGCCGUGGGGCAGCAGGUGUCCAGUACCCAAGAUGCAUCAGGGGGCAGUGUGGGGCCGGUGUGUCUGCCUCGCCGCGCUGAGACCUUCGGAGGCUUUGACAGCCACCAGAUGAACAUCUCCAAGAGUAAGAACACCUCACACACUCCUACUCCCUCUCUCCCUAUGUACCCUGACUGGCUGUCAUACUGUAGCUGACUGUCAUCUGCAGCUGUGGGAUAAAGGUCUCCUUUUUUUUUAUUCCAGACGGAGAGAAAGAAGAGGGGGAUGACACAUUAGACCUUCGGAGGACUGAGUCCGACAGUGUGUUAAAGAAGGUAAUUACAGUAACUGUACAUCUCAGAGAUGUGUGAGUCACAGCAAAGGAAUGAAAGGAACAGAGAAAUGCUUUUAGACCAGCUUAGACACACACACACACACACACACACACUUUGUUCAUUAACUCCUGGCUAUUCUUUAUAACUAUUAUUUCCUAACCAAUGCCAUCAGGAGGGAUUUCAACUUGCCUGUGUCUCAGUAGGCCUGGUCCAGUCCCCCAUCACCACCACUGACAUUAACAGACAGACAUUAUCCCAGCCCGGGUCCCUGGGCUGGCUGAGCUGAGGUCCAUAUUAAUAAGGCUCCAUGAGGCUAGGUGAUACCCCCGGUCCGGCUGGGCUGUGUGGGAGCAGUCCUAUGCUUUUAAUGCCUACAAUCUCCUCUGCUCAGGCCUCCCCGGCAGGCAGGUGGGAUCAAGCUCUUCCUUUGAGGGGGUGAUUAACAUGGCCCCACGCCUCGGCAGCUCUGUUAUUAUCUCAGUAACUAACUGCAGCUGUACUUGUCUUCUUCCACAGGGGGGCAACAACAACCUACUGCUGCUGCUCAAGAGGAACAGUGAGGUAGGGCUGACUCCAAUGCUAUCUUACACUACCAGCAUACUGUACAUCCCUGAUUGACUGGCUGGCAGACUGGCUGACUGGCUGACUGACUGGCUGACUGGCUGCGUGAGAGAGGCAUCACUACCUGCUCCCACGGACAGGCCUCUCUUGUUGCUACUGUACUGUACUAUGUUAUUUCAUAGGAAGCAUUUUAUUGUGUGUAUGUUCCUACUGUGUAACCAUACACAGGUAAAUGUUUAUGAUCUCUCUUCUUGUCUUAUAGCAGGUCCUCCACAGUGUCACACACCUCCAUGACCUCCUCAACACACUGCAGGUAUAUCCACUUCUCCUCUCUUUCAUACAACUGUUCUCCUCUAUUCUUCCCUUCUCCUCACUUUCAUUAGAUCGAUCACGCAGAGCUGUUAAAAAGCACACUGACACACAAACUGUACAUUAGUAUGGAUGUCAAUACAAGUUCAUGUGUUUAUAACCGUGUGUUUGUUGCUGUCCUCCUGCAGGCGGUGGUGGUGCAGCAGGACACCUUCAUUGAGGACCAGCGUCAUGCUCUGGCUGAGCGGCCAGCCUCCCGCCACUCCUCCACCUCCUCCCUGUCCUCCUCCUCCUCUCGGCCCAACUCCCUGAUCGAGCAGGAGAAGCAGCGCAGCCUGGAGAAGCAGAGGCAGGAGGUGGCCAACCUGCAGCGCCAGCAGGCGGCCCACGCUGACGAGAGGAGGAGGAGGGAGAGGGAGUGGGAGGUGAGGGAGUCGGGGCUGGGCGACAGGGAGGCGCAGGUGAAGGAGCAAGAGGAGGAGACGGUGAAGAGGCGCAGGCAGAUGGAGGAGGAGAGGCAGGAGCUGCAGAGGAGGAAGGAGGAGUACCAGAGGGAUCUGGAGAGGCUGAGGGACACCCAAAGGAAGCUGGACAGAGACAGGGAGACGCUGCAUAGGGAGGCUGAGAUGGUGGAGCAGAUAAAGAAAGCUGAGGUGAGCUGGAUCAGCUGACACGUUUCUCAAAGAGGGCUGCUGCUCACUGGUCUCUGUCUGUUACCUUACAUUAAAUAAAUUAUAUAACUAUUAUGUAACCAUAAUGGACUGACUACACAUAGGCAAUGUAAUGAUGGCCUUAGAAUAACCCUUUACCUACCGCUUAUCAUAACCACCUGGGCUCAAGCCUGAGCUUCUAAUCCUAAAACUAGUUCAACCUUGACUCCUAGAUAUAAUCUCUUCCUUCAAAAGUAAGAUUCCAUCAUUAAGUUGCUGUGAGGCUUAACUCCCCACUUCUUUGCUGUAUGGUUUGCUUUGAUCUGUAGGCAGAGCAGGCACACAGGAUACAGCGGACGCCCUCCACCACCUCAGAGGAGUCCAUGAAGUUCCAGAGCUCCACCUCUCUGGAUAGAGAGCCUGGAGGAGGGGAGGCAGAGCUGUCCUCCUCCCCCGCCACCAAAGACCCCUUCCUCAGGAUGGGCUCUAAGAGGAAAGGGAAGAACCUGAACCCAUUCUCCUCCUUGUCCUCUUCCUCCAACGCCAGCUCCAAGGCCCAGAGCAGCACAGAGGGCCAGAACCAAAUCCCUAACCGCCUGAUGCAGCUGGCCAAGACCAAGGACAAGAAGGAGAAGAAGAAGAAGAAAGGGAAGGGCCAAUCACAGCCA